AGGUAUUCCUCACCUACGGGCGUCACUUGAUGGAAGCAUCUGUCAUCGAUUGGAAUUCCUCCGAGUUUCCACGCUGUCGCCUCUUUUGCUCUCCCACUAAUAUCGUGGGAAUUCUGGAACACCGGCAACACAAAGCGGGGUGACUGAAAAAACAUUCAAAUGACAAACUAGCAAUUUCCCGUUAUGGUGAACCAGGUUCAGCUAGGCGAUGGCAGCUGCCAGUCAUGUAAGAGUGACUCCAGUGGGAUGGGCACCAGCGGCGGGGAGAGCUCCAAGGAGAGUUCCCGAUGUUCCACGCCAGUGCUGGACUCAGAUCGUUCAGACAGGCUGCGAGACAAGAUGAGGAAGAGGAUCGAGUCCGGGGACCACUGGUUCUCUCUGGAAUUCUUUCCCCCUCGAACGACCCCAGGUGCAGUGAAUCUCAUCUCGAGAUUUGACCGUAUGGGCUCCGGAGGGCCACUCUUCAUUGACAUAACAUGGCAUCCUGCUGGAGAUCCGGGUUCCGACAAGGAAACGUCGUCCAUGAUGAUUGCCAGCACAGCAGUCAACUAUUGUGGCCUGGAGAGCAUCCUCCACCUAACCUGCUACAACCAAACCAAAGACAAGAUCACUGCCUAUCUGGCCAAAGCGAAGCACCUGGGCCUGAAAAACAUCAUGGCUCUCAGAGGAGACCCAGUGGGUGCAGACUGGGAGGAAGAGGAAGGUUGCUUCAACUAUGCCAUCGACCUUGUGAAACACAUCCGAUCAGAGUUCGAUGACUACUUUGACAUAUGUGUCGCAGGUUAUCCCACUGGUCACCCUGAGGCAGAAAGCUAUGAGGAAGAUCUGCGACAUCUGAAGGAGAAGGUGGAUGCUGGAGCCAACUUUGUAAUCACGCAGCUGUUCUUCAGGGCGGAAACGUACCUUAAAUUUCUUGAUGACUGUCGGGCAGUUGGGAUCACGUGUCCCAUCCUUCCUGGGAUCUUCCCAAUUCAGGGCUACCAGUCUCUGCGUCAGCUUGUCAAGCUUUCAAAAUUGGAGGUGCCGGAGGAGAUCAUGGAAGUCAUUGAGCCCAUCAAAGACAAUGAUGCAGCUAUUCGGAACUAUGGCAUCCAACUAGCGGUGGAGAUGUGCAGAGUGUUGCUGCAAAGUGGCAAAGUACCCGGUUUGCACUUCUACACUCUCAAUCGAGAAGUCGCCACCAUGGAAGUCCUCCGGCAGCUCGGCCUGUGGGUGGAGGACCCGAGACGGCCUCUUCCUUGGGCGGUGAGUGCACAUCCCAAGCGAAAGGUCGAGGACGUGCGACCCAUCUUCUGGGCAUCCAGACCCAAGAGCUACAUCUACAGAACCCAGGAGUGGGAUGAAUUCCCAAAUGGCAGAUGGGGUAACUCCUCAUCUCCAGCUUUUGGUGAGUUGAAUGAUUACUACUUGUUCUACUUGAAGAGCAAGUCAUCCAAAGAAGACUUGCUAAAGAUGUGGGGAGAGGAGCUGAAGAAUGAGGCGAGUGUCUAUGAGGUCUUUACCUCCUACAUCACAGCUCAGCCAAAUCGAAACGGACACAAGGUGAUGUGCUUGCCCUGGAAUGAUGAGCCUCUGGCCCAGGAAACCAACCUACUGAAGGAUGAACUGGAGAAAGUGAACAGACGAGGCGUGCUAACUAUCAACUCUCAGCCCAACAUCAACGGCAAACCUUCCACCGACCCAAUAGUGGGCUGGGGCCCUCCCGGAGGCUACGUCUUUCAGAAAGCCUAUCUGGAGUUCUUCACCUCCAGCGAAAAUGUGUCUGCUCUCCUCGAAGUACUGAAAAAGUAUGAACCCCGUGUCAACUACCACAUUGUUAACGUGCACGGCCGUAACCUGACCAACGCCCCGGACAUGCAACCUAAUGCCGUCACGUGGGGGAUAUUCCCAGGCAGGGAGAUUGUUCAGCCCACCAUUGUGGACCCGGUCAGCUUUAUGUUCUGGAAGGAUGAGGCUUUUGCCUUGUGGAUCGAGCAAUGGGCCAAACUGUACGAAGACGAGUCACCUUCUCGGAUGAUCAUCAAAUAUAUUCAUGACAACUACUUUUUGGUGAAUCUGGUGGACAAUGACUUCCCACUGGACAACUGCCUGUGGCAGGUGAUCGAUGACAUGUUUGAACAGCUGGAUGCUUCUCCACAGUCACCACUCCAUGAAGUGUCAUCAUAGUUUGAUGAUGAUUUUUAUUUUAUUUAAUUUUAAAUGAAAUGAUAAAAAAGCACCCCUAGACUAUUUUGGAAUGCUGCUAUUAAGAAAAAAAAUGUUUACUUGACAAUAUUUUUAAAAAAAAUUCUUUUGUACUUUUAGGAUUUUAGCCAGAAAUGCAGGAAUGAAAAACUUUUCGGCAUUUUCAAUUACUGUUACUCAGUGUUACGCUGACUGUUUUUUUUUUUAGUUGUUUUCUUUGACAGUUACUAUUUACUGAGCUCAGAUUUUUAACUGCACCUUUGAAAUCAUUGUCAAUUGCGUUUGUCCGAUUUUUUUUGUUGUUGUUUUUUUUUUAUGUUAAGACUCAAGUGUGCCAUUGUGGGUCAACAUGUGUUACAUAUAAAGGUUAGGAAACAUUUUUCAGUCUUAGUUUAGCCUUUUCUCCAAAUAAUAAAUAGUUGUGUGUGAAUGUG